AUGAGGUGGUCAACUGAUCAGAAUCAGUCAACAGUCAAUGAUCUGUUGCUCUGGUCAACAAAAUGUGUGACCUCCGUGACUCUUGGAGGAUCCAUGACAUGGGAGUUUGACCGAUCAUUUACACCAUAUUCAAGACACAGACCAUCAUGUAUACCCGUUACAAAGAAGAUUAUUGAAACAGACAAAGCUCCUAUAUUAGAUUUACCUUUCAGUCAAGCUGUGUUGGCUGGAAAUACUCUAUACCUGGCUGGACAAAUAGGAAGAGAUCCUGUUACACUUCAACUGGUUCCUGGCGGUAUAAUUCCGGAAACAAUACAGAUAUUCAGGAAUAUUGGUGCAGUAUUAGAGGCUGCUGGUGGUAAUUUCAAGGAUGAAACUGUCAGGCCAUAA